ACUGAAAUCACUUGACGCGGCCGCCGCGCUCACGGCGACAGCUUUUUAUUAAAUCUAUGCGGAUUCCAUUGACACACGAACUUCGUAAAUAACAGUAAAUAUGAACAGCGCUCGAACAGAAAGCAAAAGAAAACCACGGAAGCUUAUUAAAGUUAAUGAUGGAAUAACAACGUCUGAUUACAUGCGGAGUAAUAGGAAAUACUGGAAAGAAGUUUUUAAUCAAAUGGAUAAUUACAAAAAGACACCGGAAGACGAAAGUAAGGCGUUAGCAGAUGUUCUGCCGAAAGAGUUGUACGACAGAGUUUGUGAAACAUUGAAGAUUCCAAAAAUUGAGAUUGAUGAACAACAAACUGAAAAUAUUAAAGUAAAACUACCGAGACGUUUGAUAAAAGAGCCGCAAAUAUCUUCCAGAAAAUGUCUGUACAUAAACAGAGAGUUGGACUCGGACACUGACGUAGAAUAUACUCCCAGUGAUGAUGAAGACAAGCCAAAUAUUCACCUGGAGUUGUUGAGCAAGCCGGUGCGUGAACAGAUCACAUGGGCCACGCGCUACCUGCAGCCGGAGAAGGAAGACGAGAAGAGCCUCGUUAAGAAAGCUGAUGAUCUCACCGACCGGAUUGCAAACGAGUUCUGCGAAUAUAUGAAACAACUGGGAGGCGACCAGCAGUCCAAACUGUUUACUCCUAAAGCUAUCAAGGAGCUCUUCCAAAUCGAGUUUGAUACUCACGUAUCACGAAGUCUGAGAGUUAUUCCAAAACAACUGCCGUGUAUUGAAGAUAAAAUAGCUAACACAACUGGAAAUCCUGAGUUGUCUCGCUACGCAGUUUUAGAUCGCGAAAUCUCUAAAGAUAUUCAAGCAGAAAGACGACCAUUCAAUGUGAUGGCGUUUGGCCAGAGUUUGCCCAUGCAGGACCAAUAUCACGCACCACGGAAUGAUACGAAGAAACUAUGGCGCACUGCUAGACACGUGCCUAAAGAACUUGUAACUCUUAAAACCGUUUGGGAAGGAAUUACUAACCUCAGGAGUGUGAAGGAAUACUGCCGGUGGAUGAUCGAACAUCCCGAACAUCGACGACCUCCGUACUUGAGCAGCCUCGGCCUCUUUGACCCUGCGGUCUUGGAAGCAAGGCUUACUUUCGAAGCAGAGUACCAGCCCACGACUCCUACUGGCUCCCUGCACGACAUUCAAGCCCCAAUUGAGAAUAUUCGUAAACGAUUAUCGCAGUUGGCAGAAUUAUCGUAAACAGAUGACAAUCAACAUUAUCUUUAAUCUAAUCAUACAAUGUUGUACAACAUGUUAUAUCUAUCGAUCGCUGCCAAUCUCUUGAGUUCAGCUAGCUAGAACUAUCACUUCUAUAACUUUUGGAAAACAUUUG